UUCUUCUGACCACACGGACCUGGCCAAGAUGCAACUGAAGCUUCAUUUUCUCGUCGGACUGCUCGUCCUCCUCUGCAGCGCCCUGGUGGGUGCCUUCCCGCAGGGACCAUGCGGCCCACCGCCCAGCGGCACACCGCCUUCGGGACCCCCGCCAUCGGGUCGUCCGCCGGGCGGCCCUUGUGGCCCUCCACCCUCGACCACCGCCAAGUCCACGGGUUAGGACAGUCGCCCUGGAUACGAACCCCCUCCUCCCGUCCCAGACUCUGGAAAUCCUUUCGGCUAAGCUCAUCCUUUUUUUUUUUACGUGUCUCUCUAGAAAAUAAAGAUAUGUGUGUAUAACUGCAA